AUGGAGAAGCAAUUAGGUGAGCUAACGGAGAAGAUGGCUGAGAUGACAUCAAAUCAAGCUUUGUUAAUUGAGAGGAUCGGCCAGCUUGUGGAAAGCAAAGCAGUUGGGAAUAAUGAGGGACAAAACCAAUCAAAAAGAGGAGGUGAGCGAUUAUAUUUUUCUAAGUUUGAUGGAUCUGAUGUAGAAGGUUGGCUCUUUAAGGCUGCACAAUAUUUUGAAUAUUAUGAAACACCUGCGAAUCAGAAAAUCAAGCUGGCAACAUGUAAUUUAGAUGGUAAAGCUUUACAAUGGUAUAGGUGGUUGAAGAGAACUAAACCUGUAGUUACUUGGGGAGAAUUUGAGAAAGCCAUUAUUAGCCGUUUCGGUAUUACUUCAUCUGAAGAUGCAGGAGCAAAACUCGCUAAAAUUAAGCAGUCAGGUUCAUAUGUAGAAUAUUGUGAAGAAUUUGAACGAUUAUCAAAUUUGGUGGAUAAUUUACCUGAAGAAUUUUUAGUGAGCUGUUUUCUAAGUGGAUUAAAAGACGAGGUAACACUAGAAACUCAAUCCCACACUCUUAUUAAUUUACAUGAUGCAAUGGCAAUUGGAAGGUUACAAGAUGAGAAGGUAACACUGCGAAAACAAUCAUAUAUAAUAGCACCAAAGACACCUAGUGUUGUUAAUACUAGUAGACCUUUUAAUUCUAGAGCACCUAUAUCAUCUUCAAAACCCAUGACAGAAACUCCAGUUGUUAGAAGAUUAACUCAGGCUGAAGCUGAAGAAAGAAGAAAGCAACAACUAUGUUAUAAAUGUGAUGAAAAGUGGCACCGAGGUCAUCGAUGUAAAACUCAGACAUUGUUCUUAAUUGAUAGAUAUGACAAUCAGGAUGAAGAUGAAGGUACAGAUGAAGUUGUUAUAGAAGAAGAAUCUGAAAAAGAAACCGUCAAGAUUUCUAUACAUGCACUGGAUGGAUCAUUAGCUCCACAAACCAUGCGGGUACAAGGAGAAAUUAAGAAGGUUAAAGUUACCAUAUUUAUCGAUUCUGGAAGUACCCAUAAUUUUGUUGAUUCUGCGACACCUAAAAGAAUGGGAAUUAAAAUAAUUAAAGAUGAGACUUUUGAGGUGUUGGUAGCUAAUGGUGCUAGAAUGACUUGUGAAGGAAGAUGCUUGGAUCUGGAUUAUAAGUUAAAUAAAUAUGGGUUCAAAGGAACUUUUCAUGUAUUGCCACUUGGGGGAUGCGAUGUGGUUCUGGGAGUCCAAUGGUUAGAAACGUUGGGUCCCAUAACUUGGGAUUUCAAACAUUUAACCAUGGAUUUUAAAAGGGAUGGUGAACAUAUUCGACUAGAAGGAGAUAAGAAAAAUAAAGUAAAGUUAGCCAACAUCAAUAGCAUCCAGAAACUCUUAAAUAAGGGAUCAACUGGGUUCUUUUGCAAAAUCAACCAAUGUUCAGAAGCACAGAUUAGUCAAGAAACACCAGGGGAGAUACAAGAAUUAAUUGAAGAGUUUGGUGAGGUGUUCUCGGUACCCACAAUGUUGCCACCUGUGAGAAGCCAUGAUCACCGCAUAACGUUACAACCUGGGAGUGCUCCAAUCAAUGUACGACCUUACAGGUACGCACAUUACCAGAAAGGUGAGAUUGAAAAGAUUGUUAAAUAG